AUGUCUGAAAGACUCGAUAGAUGGCGCACGCAUAUUGGGGGCAUCCCAGCACUGGCUCUGCCUACAGAUUAUCCAAUGCCUUCACAGCCAAAGUUCAUCGAAGCCGUUGAGAAGUUCCGCGUCGAUCAAUCUGCACAACAAUCGCAGCUAAUCUCAAUUUACUUGAUGCUGCUGUACAGAUACACUGGGGAUACAUCCAUCAUUCUCGGAUUCAACAGUGACGACGAGCCAUCGUUCUCGAGGUUCGAAAUCGAUCCAGCGGCGUCUUUCGGUUCUCUUGUUGCCCACGUUGAGCAAACACUAGACGAUGCAAAGAAAUACGCUGUUCCCUUUGAUCAGCUUAGGUCUGAGAUUCUCAAGGCAAGCCAUUCAAACGAUAGCACCAUCUUUAGAGUCUCUCUCUCAACCACCCCCAACGAGCGCACUCAAUCGGCAUUAGCUUCCGAUUUGGCUGUUUACUACGAUCAGGUUGAGAAAUCUAUCGCCGUUGUCUACAACGCACUCCUCUUCUCAAACCAGAGAAUAAAGAGCCUUAUCAUGCAAUUCAACCUCCUCAGGAAUAACACUGCCAACAUUUCAAACAUUGGCUCUUUUCCUCUCUUCACCGAGUCUCAGGCUGGUAUUUUACCUGAUCCUCGCGCUGACCUCGACUGGUGUGGCUAUAAGGGUGCCAUCACCGACAUAUUCUCAAAAAAUGCUCAUAUCGAUCCAACUCGCACUUGCAUCGUUGAGAGCACUGACCAAGGCAACAAACAAACGUGGUCGUAUAAGGAAAUCGACGGCGCAUCUAAUAUACUCGCUCACCAUCUUUUGAAUGGUGGUAUACAAAGAGAGGAGGUCGUUAUGGUUUACGCCUACAGAGGUGUUGACUUGGUCGUUGCUGUCAUGGGUGUUCUCAAAGCUGGAGCUACCUUCUCUGUUAUUGACCCCGCCUACCCUCCUUCUCGUCAAAAUAUCUACUUGCAAGUCGCGCGUCCUCGUGGUUUGGUGGUGCUCGACAGAGCCGGAGUUCUGUCGGCAGAAGUCAAAGACUACAUCAAUCAGGAGCUAGACUUGUGCGUCCAAGUUCCUGCUUUGCGCCUCACCAAAGAUGGAUUAAGAGGCGGCUCUCUCGAUGGCCAACAAGACAUACUCGCAAACCCAUCACCAAAAUCUGUUCAACAUCCAGGUGUUAUACUGGGUCCUGAUUCAAUCGGCACUCUUUCUUUCACUUCUGGCUCAACUGGUAUUCCAAAGGGUGUGAUGGGUCGUCACUACUCACUCACCCACUUUUUCCCUUGGAUGUCUGAGCGUUUCAAUUUGACAAAGGAUGAAAAGUUCACUAUGCUUAGUGGUAUCGCACACGACCCUAUCCAAAGAGAUAUCUUCACACCUCUUUUCCUCGGUGCUGAGUUGCACGUUCCAACGUCUGAAGAUAUUGGCACACCAGGUCAGCUUGCUGAGUGGAUGGCGGAUUCCCAAGUCACAGUCACACACUUGACACCAGCGAUGGGUCAGUUACUGUCAGCUCAGGCCGUUAGACACAUACCGUCUCUCAAGAAUGCCUUCUUUGUUGGUGAUGUCCUCACUAAACGUGACUGUACUCGUUUGCAAGCUUUAGCUCAUAACGUUCAAAUAAAUAACAUGUACGGUACAACUGAGACCCAAAGAGCAGUAUCAUACUACUCUAUCCCUUCAGUUAACGCUAAUUCUUCUUUCCUCGGUAGACAAAAAGAUAUAAUGCCAGCUGGUCAGGGAAUGAUUGACGUGCAGUUACUUGUUGUUAAUCGCCAGGACAAGAACGUCCUAUGUGGUGUUGGUGAAGUCGGCGAGAUUUACGUCCGUUCAGGUGGUCUGUCAGAGGGUUAUUUAGAUCCAAAUGCUACUAAGGAGAAAUUCACCGAGAAUUGGUUUGGCUUUGGCGUUGAAAGGAGAGAUACCAUAGCCGAAACGAAACCAGACUACAGUAAAUAUUGGAAAGGUAUUCGUGACAGAAUGUACAGAACUGGCGAUUUAGGUAGAUAUGGCCCAGAUGGGUUGGUAGAGUGUACUGGUAGAGCAGAUGACCAAAUCAAGAUCCGUGGAUUUAGAAUUGAGUUGGGUGAGAUCGAUACUCACCUUUCAGCUCAUCCAUUGGUAAGAAACAAUGUUACUCUCGUCAGACGUGACAAGGACGAGGAAAAGGUUCUUGUGUCGUACUUUGUUCCAAAUGAAACAAGCGAGCUUGAAGGAUACAUGAGUAACGACGAAGAUGAAGGUCACGACGUUCAGGAUGAUCGUUCAAGGGAGAUUGCUAGAGGACUGAAGCGUUACCGUAAGCUUAUCAAGAACAUGCGCGAGCAUCUCAAAACCAAGCUACCAACGUAUUCGAUCCCAUCUAUUUUCAUCCCACUCACGCGCAUGCCACUCAAUCCAAAUGGUAAGAUCGACAAGCCAGCUCUGCCAUUCCCAGAUACGGCUAUUCUUACGCCGCGUACAAACGUGGGUGACGACCGUAAGCUUACUCCAAUUCAACAAACUAUCCACGAUGUCUGGAAGAAUCUUCUUCCUUCAGCACCAUCAUCUAUCGCUUUAGAUGACAACUUUUUCGAUUUAGGUGGUCACUCCAUUUUGGCGACUCGAUUGAUUUUCGAGAUAAGAAAAGCUCUCGUCGUUGAAGCACCGCUCGGAUUGGUGUUCGAGCAGCCAACUAUUGAAGGAUUGGCCUACUCAAUUGAAGGAAUGAAGGCAGCCGAUCUCGGACUGCAUGCUGACGUUGUCGGUGUGAAGAAGGAUGACAAAGCAGCGUCGGAUGAGGUUCAUUACGGAAACGAUUUCGAUUCUCUCAUACCUCGAUUGGCUGACAAGUACCCAGCACUACCAUCAGACUUGAACAACAAGAAGCUUACUGUGGUUUUGACUGGUGCCACUGGUUUCCUUGGUGCUUUUGUUCUGCGUGAUCUGCUCAAGUUGCGUGGAGACAGAGUGGAUAAAGUAAUCUGUGUUGUUCGUGCUAAAUCGAACGAGGACGGUAUCAACAGACUCAGACAGGGUGGAUCAGCGCGUCAUUCAUGGGAUGAGACGUGGGUCAAGCAGGGCAGAGUUGAGGCAGUAGUUGGUGAUCUUGAAUCUAAGCAUUUUGGAUUAGACGAAAAGGAGUGGAAUAGGCUUUCGAGUGACUCUGACGCCAUAAUUCACAAUGGUGCAUUUGUGCACUGGGUUUACUCGUACGGCAAGCUUCGUUCGGCUAACGUUCUCUCUACAAUGACUGCUAUUGAACUGGCAGCCAACCAGAAGGCUAAGGCGUUGUCAUUUGUGUCUUCAACUUCCGCACUCGAUACUGAACAUUACAUCAAGCUUUCUGAUGAAUUGACACUGUCCGGUCAAUCUUCAGGUGUGCUCGAGUCAGAUGAUCUUGAAGGCGCUCGCGAGGGACUUGGCACUGGUUACGGACAGAGCAAGUGGGUCGCCGAGAAGCUUUUGAUGGAGGCCACGAAGCGAGGCUUGGCCUGUACGAUAGUUAGACCGGGGUACGUUGUUGGAGAUUCAGAGUCAGCAGUGACAAACACGGAUGACUUUCUGUGGAGGUUAGUCAAGGGAUGCGUACAACUCGGACAAGUGCCAAAUAUCCACAACUUUGUUAACAUGGUACCCGUUGAUCACGUCGCCAGACUUACAACACUGUCUAUGCUGAGUAGGGUUGAAGACGGAAAUAGUAAUGGAGUUGUCCACGUAACAGCUCGACCACCUGUGCGUUACUCAGACUUAUUAGGAUGUCUGGAGAAAUACGGAUAUCAAGUUCAGACGAGUGACUAUCUUGUGUGGAGGUCAGAGCUGGAGAAGCACGUAAUGGAAGUUGGAGAUAACGCAUUGUUCCCAUUGCUGCACUUUGUUUUGGAUGACCUGCCUACGUCGACCAAGAGUGCAUCGCUGGAUGACAAGAAUGCACAAGAGUUGAUCAAGAAGUCCAAGGCGGAUGAGAAGGUCAAGACGACGGUUGAUAUGCCUUUGUUGGGAUUAUACGUCGCGUGGUUGGUCAAAGCGGAGUUCCUGGGAGCACCAACUGGGGAAGGGGAGUACAAGUUACCGAGAGUAGACGAAGCACGGGCUAUUGGAAGAAGUGGACAUUAG